ACGGAGAAGCAAUCCCUCGGUCAUUGUAACUGGACGUGUGGGGCCAAGCCAUAGCACGCACACACCACCACAGCACACCGAAACACUCCGACCGAGCGUGUACCGAGCUUACCACCCACCCUUGCUCGGUGUGACGACCUUUGGCAGUGGUGACCAUGAAGUUGGCGGCGGCCGGUUUUGUGGCUACGGCAGCGCUGGUGCUGGUGCUGUGUAUCGCCGUAGCAGAAGGACAAGGAACCACCGGCACUGGGACCAUCGGGACGGACGGUGGUCCGGAUCUGAGCUUUGGCGAUGCCGACUUUUCCGUGCAGUACUUCAAGCAGUCGUUCAACGCUUCCGGCAACUCGGUCGUGUCGCCGCUGGCUGUCCGGCUGGCCUUCUCGGCCCUGUACCAGGUGACGGACAGUGGGACCCGCGAAGCCGUACAGCGUGCCUUCUAUCUGCCCGCGGCCGUAUCGGACGCCCGGGCGAAUGCCGAGCAGUUGGUGAGGGAUCUGGAGCAGAGCCGCUUCCUGAACGUCUCGUUCGCCCUGCUACAGUCCGAGGGACAGCUAUCGCAGGAGCUGGAAGAUGCGGCAAGCGCCAUUUUUCGCGUGAAACCUCGCACCGUGGUGUUUGCCAAUCGACGGGCCGUUGUGGAGGACGUCAACGAAUGGGCGCUGCAUGUCACCGGGGGACGCAUCCGCGACUAUCUGGCCGAAUCGGACAUUGACGUGAACGCGGAGCUGAUGCUGCUGAACGCGCUGCACAUGCGGGCCGACUGGGCGCAGAAGUUUGCGAUGGAGCAAACCGUCGGCCAAACGUUCCAGUUCCGCAACGGGCCGGCGUCGGUGGCGAUGAUGAGCGUCGCGCUGGAGGUGCUGUACUACGCCCAGCCCAAGUUCCACGCCGUCCAGCUGCCGUACAGUGAGGAGAGUGAUCUUACCAUGUGGAUCCUGCUGCCCCACCGGGACGGUACGUUCGAGGAGCUGUUCGAGCUGCUGUCGGCCGAACUGCUGGACGAGCUGGAAACGUCGGUCACGCCGAAGAUGGUGGAUCUGUGGCUGCCCAAGUUCACCAUCGAAGACAGCCAUGAUGCGCGGGACGUGCUGAAGCGCAUGGGCCACGAAACGCUGUUCGAUCGGGAAGGGUUUGCAGUUUUCCGGGACCACAAAUCUAUGCUGGGAGCGCUGAAGCAAAGCACCUUUGUGCAGGUGGACGAAAACGGCACCGAAGCGGCAGCCGUUACGUCCGUUGGGACGAAAUUCCGUGUCCGAAAUACACAGUUCCGGGUGGAUCGGCCGUUCAUAUUCAUCAUCAAGAAGCUGUCGAUCGACACGAUCCUGUUCGUGGGACACUAUUCUAACCACAACUAGCUAUUCCGUGGGCGAGAGGGACGGGUGCUGAUCGACAGUAGUCUUCCGCCAAAUCCGGAAGUGGAUACAUAAAGUAAUGAUACAGUUUUAAUGGUCAACAAAAAAAAAAACAAUAUAAACUCCACAUUCGUGUGAGACAUUGCUUGCA